CAAAAGACAUUGUCAAGAUGAUCGUGUUGUGGGUCACACUGCUUGUUCUUCAUCAUGGAUAUUCCCUGGUUCCAGUGAUCACAGUUCAUGUUGGUGAACCUGUGACGUUCACAUGUGUUUUACCUAGUGAAUUGUUUAGCAGUAGAGAGAUAUUCUGGUACAAGCAGAAUGCCGGAGAUACCCUGAAAGUAAUGGCGAUGAAGCGGAAAACUACAAAUAUUGAGUUUGUGCCAGAGUUUUCUGAAUCAAGAUUGAAAGUGAAUAAUGCUGAGAACUGUAGUAACCUAACCAUUUUGAGCACGAUUCCAGAAGAUGAGGGAAUGUAUCACUGUGAACUCAAGGAGUGGAUUAAUACUAAAUGGAGUGGGACGUAUUUGUUAGUAAAAGGAAACUCUCAGAGGACUUCAAAUUACGCUGUUGUUCAGGCAGUAUCUGGUCCAGUCCGUCCAGGAGACUCAGUGACUCUGCAGUGUUCAGUCUUCUCUGGCCCUGAGAACAAAACAUGUCCAGGAGUUCACAGUGUGUACUGGUUCAGAGCUGGAGCAGAGAAAUCUCACCCAGGAAUGAUCUACACUGACAGAAACAGAAGUGACGAAUGUGAGAAGAAACCUGAUGCACAUUCACCUGAAAAGAGCUGCGUUUAUCGCUUCACUAAGAGCGUCAGCUCCUCUGAUGCUGGGACUUUUUACUGUGCUGUGGCCACAUGUGGACAGAUAUUAUUUGGAAAUGGAACAAAACUGCAAAUGGUGCAAACAACGCAUAAAGUUCAUUUCAUUGCACUGGGGAUAUUAACGGUCUGCUUGGCCAUUUCUGUUUUUGGAAAUGUUGUCCUCAUCCGCAACCGAAGAGUACAUGAGCAAUAUAAGGGAACUGAAAGUGCUAUUUCAGAGGCACGGAAUGACAAUUCGCACCGGCAAGUACAUGAUAUUACUGAAGAUGAAAACCAAAUGAACUACGCUGCUUUGAACUUCUCUGAAAGAAAAGCAACGAGAGUAAGGAAGAAGAACGAGAUUGCUGAGGAGAGUUUGUACUCUCAAGUUAAAUGUUGAUGCUCUUUAUAAUUUUAUUCAUGCUUUGUUUUGUCAUGUUUCUUCUGUUUUGUUGUUUUGCUGAACAAACAUUAGAAUCAUGAUAAUACUCUACUGCAUGACACCAGUAGUGUUUCCCAGCUAAGGAUACUACAGCAGGAGGUACUUCUGCAGUUACCAGCGGGUAUUAAAAUUGUGGAGGCGCUCAGCUGACCUGUAAAAAUAGAAAUUGUGAGUGCAGUUUUUUUUUCUAGCCUGCUGAUUCCUACAAGCCUCUUCUCUUCAUGCUGUCUCAGAUGCUUGUCCACCACAAAUCAAGUACGUACCUUUAAUUUGAGGUGUGUUGGAUUAUUUUUGUGAAAUACAAUUUAAAAGGUUUAAGGUUUUUGUCAUUAUUUCUCAUUAUUUUUCCAUUUAUCAAGUUUCAGGUACGAUGUGUUGACUGUAGCUCUGUCAGUUGGUUCAAUUAACUACACAACAGUUACACCUAGCGAUUACUGGGUGUAAAUGUUUAGCAACAACAGAUCUCCACAUAAGAACUAGUUUGUUUGGUGCAACCCAUCUUAAGGUAAUCAACUGUCUCCAGUAUCAUUAAAUUAAUGGGAGGACCAAAGUAGAAGGAUGACAGAUUACAGCAGGAUAGGUCGACUGCCCCAAAGGACUCACCAACAGCUGAAAAUCCUGCUCUCUCCACUGUCCUGAAAUCAGACGACAUAGAGGUGAAGAAUCUAGCAGAAGAUUUUCUUCCAAAGAAGUAAUAUGGUGAUCUGUUCGCUGUCUGUUUGCUACUUUAUGGAAAAAACUGAGGUUGUAAAAAUGGCUAUGCUUUAAGUGUCACCAACACUAUGGGGAACCCUACAGGUUAUCAUAACAUCAUGCUGCUGAACCUUUCUAAUGAAUUAGAAUCCAGCAAGCUUAGUGUCCUUGAGUUUGGAUGAAACAACUCUCUCAUUAAGGACAUUUACAUCAAAAACCAUGUCCAACAAGUAUAAACUGUCAAUUGUCCUCAUCAAAUAAAAAUAUAC